UCUGUGGUAGGGCCUUUUUAUCUUGACACCGGUUGGAGAACACGUUGGUUCCAAUUUGCCGGAUAAUUUUACUUAAAAAUAUGGGUUUUGGUGAUCUGAAAAGUAAAGCUGGGCUCGAGGCACUUAAUGCCUACCUCGCAGAUCGUAGUUACAUUGAGGGAUUCCAACCAUCACAGGCAGAUGUAGUUGUGUUCAAGGCACUGUCUGGGGCUCCACCUGCAGAGCUGUGUAAUGCUUUACGCUGGUACAAUCAGAUCAACUCAUAUGGAAAUGACAAAAACAGUUUUCCAGGUGUCGCAAAACCUCUAGAUUCCUACGGGACAGGUGGUGCUGCUCCUUCAGCCUCCAAGGAUGAUGAUAGUGACUUCGGAGAUGACUUGUUUGGUGAUUCCGACAGUGAAGAAGAGGAUGAGGAAACAAAGAAGAGACUGGCAGAGUAUGCAGCUAAAAAAGCCAAAAAGGCAGCAGUGAUAGCCAAAUCUAGUUUACUGAUUGACAUCAAACCUUGGGAUGAUGAAACAGAUAUGGCAGAAAUGGAGCGCUUGGUCAGGACCAUCGAGUUGGAUGGCCUUUUGUGGGGUGCUGCUAAAUUGGUUCCCGUAGGUUAUGGCAUUAAGAAAUUACAGAUCAACGCUGUUAUAGAAGAUGCCAAGAUCAGUACAGAUGAUUUAGAAGAUAAGAUCACAGCAUUCGAAGAUUUGGUGCAAAGUAUGGACAUUGCAGCCUUCAACAAGAUCUAAAAUCUUCAAUAAACACUCAUAUUAAAGUGCUUCUCUCACAGACUGUGCAAAUGAUGAAUAAAACAGUAUGCAACAAUUAGAA